AUGGGUAGUACUUCCGCCCCUUUCAGAGCCAGUGGUGACCUAUGGUCCAUGGCAAUCGCCAAAGUUGGGGACGAACUGUCUUCUGAGAUCUUUGCCAAUCCAGAAAACAAGUCUCUGUCUGAAUUGUGGGAAAAUACCGAAUCAUCAAGGCAACGACUAGAGGAUAAGUCGUGGUCUUUCAAACGAAAAAAUGGCGAGACUGUUUAUGUCCGAGAACUUCUAGCCAAAGCGAGCAAGUGGAUCAACCAUUUCAAGGACAUUGGCGAUAUCAUCGUGUCAUACGACCCCGUUCAUGCCGCGCUACCUUGGGCUGGUGUUCGAUUUCUGUUAACUGUCACAACUGGUGAUCUGGAUACGUAUAAAAGCUUACUAGACCGAACCGUGGGAAUCAUGGAGAUUAUUUGUCGAAAUGCUGUCGUCGAAAGCCUACUCGGUGACAAUCAGAAUGAAGCAGCGGAAAGUCUGCGUGCCAAUUUGAUCAAGCUGUACACCUCUAUCUUGAAAUAUGUUGUUAAGGCAAACUCUUAUUAUAAGCAGAGCAGGUUGAAGAGCUUUAUUAAGAACGGACUGCUUGCAUCAUCUGACUUUGAAUCUGCGUUCGAAGUUAUUGGAGAAGACCAGGCAGAUGUUGGUCAGUCCGUAGCUGUUUUUAAACUGCAAGUCCAAAUGGAAGCCAAUGUUAAGCUCCAGGAACUGAUACAGAGUUUCGACGCUCCCGUAAAUAGAUGGGACCAAGCGCUCCACGAGAUAAUAGAUCACAUGCAUGGGGAGGAAAGAAGGGAAAUAUUGCGUUGGGUUUCAGAGCAAAAGUACGAAAAGCAUCACGAACAAGCACAGAGUGAGGUCUUAGAAGGCACUGGCCAGUGGCUCUUACAUGAUGCGCUAUUUGUGCGCUGGAAAAAUGAAUGCGCUUCUUCUAUCUUAUGGCUCUAUGGAAUCCCAGGUUCUGGGAAGAGCAAGUUGGCAUCUAUCGUCAUUGAAGAUGCUAUAGAGGCAUUCCAAAGAAAGGAAGCAACCUACCCCGCAUACUUCUACUGCUCUCGUAACAAUACCGCUGAGCGUGAACGCUCUGAUCCUACACAAGUCUUGGCCAGCAUUGCAAGACAACUCUCCACCCCCCAGAGAGGAGGUCCGAUUCUUGAGCCUACACGAACAGAGUAUGAAGCACAAAAGAAAUCAGACUUCAUGUCUGGAUCGCUCGGAUUGGAAAAGAGCAAAGAGUUGAUCCUCCAACUGCUUGAGCAAUACCCUAGUGCAACUAUCGUCGUGGACGCCCUGGACGAAUGCAACCCUGAAACUCGAGAGACUCUGCUAAAAGCUUUGGAAAGCCUUCUGAAGGAAUCCCCAUGCCUUCUCAAGAUAUUUGUUACCAGUCGUAUUGACCAGGAUAUUGCGUAUAAGCUUAACAACUAUCCGAACUUGCAUCUCUCUUCGGAGCGAAACUCGGGCGAUAUAAACCUCUUCAUACGAUCCAAAACAAGUCGUCUCAUAGCAGAAGGAGAUCUUUUGCGAGACAGCAGCCGAAAAGAUGAACUGGGCGAUUUGAUCAUUCGAACACUAAUGUCAAAGUCACAGGGGAUGUUCCGUUUGGCUAGUAUGCAGCUACAAGAUCUACGACGACAGGGGACAGACCGUGCGAUCGAAGAGAGAUUGAAUCAUCUACCCAAAACGUUAGAGGAAAGUUACCGUGAGACCCUCGCGAAUAUCGAGAACAUGGACGCGAUUGCGGAUAGACAGUACGCAAGGAAUGCCAUCAGCUGGCUUCUUUGUACUCGGCAGCAACUGCAGUCCGAUGAAUUUCUGAGUCUUGUCUCUAUGACAGAGAACGGAUCUUCUUAUCCAAUUUCGAAGGGACAGCUACUACAGAUAUGCUCCCAUUUUGUCAUGUUUGACAAUGCAACCAAUACCUUCAGAUUCUCGCACUUGACAGUUCGAGAGUUUCUUGAAGAUCAAGAUCUCUUCAAUUCCGCGUCUGUAAAUGCUCUGGCAGCAGAAGCCUGCCUCUCUAAGCUAGCAGCACCACAGAUUUCGAUAGAGGGACCGCUUCUACAAUAUCCUUUUUUGUUUUGGGCUGAACACGCUCGUGAAGCGAGCCAACAACGAUGCCUGCGGCUUGAAGAAAUGCUUGGACAGUUCCUACAAAGUGAGGAGACUGGUUCAUUAUUUUAUCGCUGGCAUAGGACUACCGAGGAGAUCCUUGAACGUCGACAAACACGUCGAAAUUUGGACUUGGACGUCAGAAUGAGACUCGAAGCUACGCUGUCCUAUAUUCCACGAGUUUUGUUUGCGAUUUGCGCCUACGACCUCUUUCAUGUCUUGAGCUGCGAGCAGUGGCCACGACUAGCCCAACAACAAUGCAAAAACAAGGCGGGCGAAACACACCAGGAAGUGGCGCUUCGCUAUGGGAGUGAUGGGCUUUUGGAAUGGCAGUCCAGAGACGAUAUUUCUUUUGAGGUAACAGAAGAGUUCAUUGAGAUCGCUGCCACGAACAGGGUUUAUGGAAAGACGGUCAUCGCAUUGCUCCUUAGCAAUCACACAGAGGCUGCUAUCAAAAUCACCAUAGAUAUGGUCGAAUCUGCAGUCUGGAAUCGGAUAAGCGGAGAAAGCAUCAUGGCGCUACUUCUCGAGAGUGAUGUGAUCGACUGUGUGAUCACACAAAAGAUGGUUGACACCAUCGUAGGAACUUUCAGCCCAUCCAUUUUCCAACGACUUUGUGUCAAGGCUAAGAGCGAGAUCUCCAUCAAGGAAGGGACUAUCAGGGCAGCAGUCGCGAAUCAUCAACACAGUAAAGACAUUGUGGCUUCCGUUCUUGACCGGAUUCAGGAAAAGGUUGAGGUCACAGAAGAAACGGUCAUUGCUACCAGUCACUUUCAAUAUGGAAAAGAGAUCCUGGUGCGAUUAUUUGAUCACCCGAAAGUGAGAAUUGCGAUAACAGAAGACGUACUUAAGGCUGCAGCUGAGGAUAGGGACAUUGAUGAAGAAUUAUGGACACUCCUUUUAAACAAACGAGGCUCAGAGGUUCCUAUCACAGAGGAAAUCAUCAUAUUGGCAGCAAAGAACUACGAAAAGAGCAACAUGUUGAUAUCAAAACUUCUCGAGACGUGUGCGGCUGUCAUACCAACCACACCAGCAGCCGUCGAAGGAAUAUUAGGGUAUGUCAACAGACCUACAGUUGAGAUGUUCCUCAAUAUAACCGGAGUUGAUGUUUUGAUCACGAAGAGCCUCAUUGAGCACAUACCUAUACUUUGGAGAAGCAGUGACGAAGUACUGGAGUUUCUUCUAGAGAAAGGAACAAUAAGAGAUGAAACUAUGGAUGAGGUUAUCAGCGCGAUUGUCCGACGGUCUGAUCCAGUUACUCUUCAGAGGUUUCUUACUAGAAGCGGCAGUGUACUCCACAUCGAGGAAGACAUCGUUGAGGCAGCAGCCAGAAACUGGGGCCAUGGAUACCAAAUGAUGACCUUCCUUCUCGAGAGAUGCGGCGAGGUCCCUGUUACUGAGCAGGCGAUGAUGUAUACUCUUGCGAAUGGCCAAAGCGGUCAAUUGAUUGCAGCACUCCUCGUGGAGAAGAGUGCCAAUACAAUCCCGAUGACAGAAUGCGUCAUCAGCAUGAUAGCGAGACAUCGGAGUGGACCCGUAUUUCGGCAACUCCUUGAUCAGCGAGCGACUGAUAUUGCGAUAACAGCAGAUGUGAUUGAAGCUAUAGCCAGCGGUGGAGAAAAUUCUAAAGAGGAAUGGGGUAUACUCUUUGAGAAUGGCAUACUCGCGCCUGAUGGCGUAGGCGAGGUGAUUGAGUCAAUCGUGGCGAACUCGGAGAAAUCUGUUUUACAGCUAUUUAUUGAUCAGAAAGGAGUCAAAAUCCGAGUUACGGAAAAAAUUGUUCACGCGGCGAUGAACAAUUCGCUGAACGGCAAUGAUAUGAUGACGGUCAUCCUCGAAAGUCGUGACAGAAGGGUCUCUAUCGCUAAAAAGGCGAUCAAAUCGAUUGCAAUGGCGUUUGAUACUGCAAUUCUACAGCAAAGCCUAGAUGGAGGCGGCAUCGACAUGCUGACUCCACAAGACCUUUUCCUAGCUGCGGCCGGUAACAGUAUCCAUGCGAAAGAAGUGAUUCGCUUCCUUCUGGAGUACACUGAAGACAUCGUGGUUACUGGAGAGGUAGUUGAGGCUGCAGCGGCCAACUGGAGAAGCUGCCAGGAUAUACUGGCAUUGCUUCUUGAAAAGCGAGACGGGAUCAUUCCUGUCACGAAGGAAGCGCUGUGCUCAAUCAUUAAGCGCCAGUGGGAUAGCAUGGAAACACUAAUGCUGAUCUUUGAAAAGAGCAGAGCUGAGAUUUCGAUCACAGAGGAUGUCCUACUGAAAGCUGCUGAGACCAGUCCACCGAGUGUGGAGACACUGAAGCUUCUUCUGGAGAGACAAGGAAGUAAAAUGAACAUCACGGAACGGAUUGUCAAUGCUGCAGCCGGGAACAGAUAUCGUGCCAAGCGCCUGGUUGCAUUGCUCCUCGACAAGGGCGGAUCAGGGAUCCCCAUUACGACUAACACUAUCGAAACAAUAAUUGAUAACGAACGAGAUGGAAAGGAUCCUUGA